UCCUUAAGCUGUAACCACAGACAUAAACACCUCUCAUAAAUGAGGAACAUUCUCACGAUCUUGACACUGCAAUCUCUUAGCAACUUCCCUGUGUCAUUAGGAAACAUUCCUCAAUCUCCCAAAGAAGGUUUGAGGUUUUUAGCUUUUUUUUUUUUUUUUUCCAAUUUGUAAAGAGAAGUAGGGGAAGAUCAAACUGGAUAGCUGGGGGGACCAACUCUUCAUGGUGUGUGGGACGUCUCAGCUCCCUACAGUAGCCAGCAUGUCUUUGGUCCUGCUUCCCACCCUCUGGCUCAUCGUUCAAGCUCAAGCAAUAGCCAUAAAGCAGACUUCUGAACUACAGCCCUAUGAAGUAGUUCGUCCUAAAAAACUACACAUUUUACACAAAGGAGAGAUACAGAACAACCAGACAGAGAAACAUGGCAAAGAGGAAAGAUAUGAACCUGAACUUCAGUAUCAGAUGAUAUUAAAUGGAGAAGAAGUCAUUCUUUGCCUACAAAAAGCCAAGCAUCUCCUGGGGCCAGACUAUCUUGAAACAUAUUACUCACCCAGAGGAGAGAAAAUCACAACAAGCCCUCAGAACAUGGAACACUGCUACUUUAAAGGACACGUCCUAAAUGAAAAGGAUUCUGUUGCCAGCAUUUCUACUUGUGAUGGGCUGAGGGGAUACUUUACACAUCACAAUCAGAGAUACAUGAUAAAGCCUCUGAAAAACACAGACCAAGAAGAACAUGCUGUCCUCGUAUACAACCAGGAGGAGCUAGACCCAGCUAAUCACACCUGUGGUGUAAGAAAUGUUGGCGGGAAACAGAGCCUUAUUAGAACCUCAAGGUCACUCAAAGGGCCGGAGAAAGACUUUCUUCAGGCUGAGAAAUACAUCGAUCUCUUUUUGGUGCUGGAUAAUGCCUUUUAUAACAUGUAUAAUAGGAAUGUAACUUUGAUAAGAAGCUUUGUGUUUGAUGUGAUAAACCUACUCAAUGUGAUUUAUAAUACCAUAGAUGUUCAAGUGGUCUUGGUAGGUAUGGAAAUCUGGUCUGAUGGUGAUAAAAUAAAGGUGGUACCCAACGCAGAUGUCACCUUUAACAACUUUCUGAAUUGGCAUCGUUCUAACCUGGGGAAGAUGAAGAUCCAUGACCAUGCUCAGCUACUCAGUGGAGUUGGCUUCAAAAAUCGAAUUACAGGACUGGCAGCCUCGAAUUCCUUGUGCUCCCCAUCGUCUGUUGCCGUUAUUGAGGGUAAGAGAAAGAAUAGUGUCUCUCUUGUAGGAGUGGUGGCACAUGAGUUGGGUCAUGUCCUCGGUAUGCCUGAUGUUCCAUAUAACACCAAGUGUCUCUCUGGGAGUUGUGUGAUGAAUGAAUAUCUGAGUUCAAGAUUCCCAAAGGAUUUCAGUACAGUCAGUCGCUCACAUUUUAAAAAAUAUAUUUUAUCUCAAAAACCAAGAUGCUUGCUGCAAACACUGGUUCCUAAAAAUAUGAUGAUAAAACCAGUGUGUGGGAACCAACUUCUGGAAGUAGGAGAAGUCUGUGAUUGUGGCUCUCCUGAGGAAUGUGCCAAUCCUUGCUGUGAGGCCAUGACCUGUAUGUUAAAACCUGAAGCUGACUGUGGAAAAAACAAUAAACCAUAACACAGAAUGAAUCCAAAAAUCCACUUCAUUGAGAUGCUACUUGCCAGGACAAGAAUCAAGAAAUCUAAACAUGCCAGGAAUCUUGCAUAUUCUCACUGUUGUCCUGAGACAUAUUUUGCUUUUCACUUGUCAUUAUGCUUCCUAUAUUUUUACCACUCCAGCCAACAGGUCAAUAAAUGUAUUUAGAGAAGCUGCAUGUUUUCUAAGCCUGAUCUUUAGUGUAUUUUUAAGGACCCUGAAGCUGUUGUUUAGCUCUGCUCUUUGGAGAACAAAAGAAAUUAGCCUUUGACUAAAACACCUCAAAAUGUUCUGCUGAAUUAUGCAGCUCAAUUCAGAAUUGUAAAAUGACAAGUGACAUGUGUUUUAACCCCACUUUUUUUUUUUUUUUUUUUUUUUGCAGUACGCGGGCCUCUCACUGUUGUGGCCUCCCCCGUUGCGGAGCAUAGGCUCCGGACGCGCACGCUCAGUGGCCAUGGCUCAUGGGCCUAGCCCCUCCGUGGCAUGUGGGAUCUCCCUGGACCGGGGCACGAACCCGUGUCCCCUGCAUUGGCAGGUGGACUCUCAACCACUGCGCCACCAGGGAAGACCCUUAUUAAGCAUUUUAAUUUUGUCAUGUGUAAUCCUUUCACCAUCACAUUUAACAUUAAUCUGGAGAAGUCUGCAUUGCUUACACAGGAAUUUAGCCACCAAGGGAUGCUUCAUUCAUCUAUUGGCUUAAUGAACCACAAUGUCAAUGAAUAAAAGCAAAA